AGCACACACCAACUAGCUGUCCAGGAAACAACCUAACCAGAGAGAGGGGAGGGAGAGAGGCGGGGAAAGGCAGUGCCUCUGCUUUUCUUCUCAAGUCUUGCGGCUGAGCAGUGGGCUGCUGGGCUGUGCAGCUUUUCUUUUUUAAUUCAAAAUUUUCUUUUCUUUGAUUUCCCGCCUAAAGCCUCCCCAAGGUAGCGCCACAUUCCCUGCAAUAAAAUGAAUUCUGAUUCGAGCUCUGUUUCCAGCAGAGCUUCAUCUCCGGACAUGGAUGAGAUGUACCUGCGGGAUCACCACCACCGCCACCACCACCACCAGGAGAGCCGUCUCAACUCGGUUUCUUCCACGCAGGGCGAUAUGGUGCAAAAGAUGCCGGGGGAAAGUCCCUCGCGGGUUGGCGCUAAGGCCGCGGGCGAGAGCAGCAAGUACAAAAUCAAGAAGCAGCUGUCGGAGCAGGACCUACAGCAAUUGCGGCUGAAGAUCAACGGGCGCGAGAGAAAGCGGAUGCACGACCUGAACCUCGCCAUGGACGGGCUCCGUGAGGUCAUGCCCUACGCGCACGGGCCGUCGGUGCGAAAGCUGUCCAAGAUCGCCACGCUCCUGCUGGCCAGAAACUACAUCCUCAUGCUCACCAGCUCCCUGGAGGAGAUGAAGAGGUUGGUUGGCGAGAUCUACGGGGGUCACCACUCGGCCUUUCACUGCGGGACCGUGGGCCACUCGGCCGGCCACCCAGCGCACGCUGCCAACGCCGUGCACCCGGUGCACCCCAUCCUGGGCGGUGCGCUCUCGUCCGGCAACGCCUCCUCACCGUUGUCCGCCGCCUCGCUGCCGGCCAUCGGCACCAUCCGGCCUCCUCACUCCCUGCUCAAGGCUCCCUCCACGCCGCCCGCGCUGCAGCUGGGCAGCGGCUUCCAGCACUGGGCCGGGCUGCCCUGCCCCUGCACCAUCUGCCAGAUGCCGCCGCCGCCGCACCUGUCCGCUCUCUCCACCACCAACAUGGCCCGGCUGUCCGCCGAGUCCAAGGACUUGCUCAAGUGAGCAGCGGGCCCGCCCUGCUGCCGCGGACGAGCGGCGAGCAGCGGGAGGGGAUGCUGGGCCAGGCCAGGAGCGCAGAGGGAGGCUGGGCGCUAGCCUGGCGGGAAGGCGGAAGCGGGGCCCCGCGGCCACCCACACCCUCUGAGGGAUCUCACACCCUACUUGACCCCCGGAGGGAAAGGACCAAAACCAAACUGCAAUUUAUAGGUGAUAGUAAAGGGGGACUCGAACCAGACGUCGUGUGUUUGCAUGCAUGCUUCUUUUCCCCAUGCCGCGCCAAUAUUUCUCACUGCCAUAUGCUCUUGUCAAAAUUGCAUUUGUUGUAUAAAGAUUGGAUCGGUGUAGUUAAAAACUUGUGAAGGGACUUCUGAGUUGGCUGCUCUGGCUCUGUGUUCUCACGUUGGAAAAAGACGACCAUCCCUUUUGUGCAAAACAAGUGUAAAUAUUUCCCUGAGGUGGAUGCAAUUAUGAUUGUCACUGUCCUUUCCACAGUUUGUCUAGAGACAAUGGAGCGAGCGAGAGAGGUAGAGAGAGAGAGAGAUCAAGACUUAAGUUUUGAAUAUUAGCUCCAGGCCAGGGCCGGACUUCCUCCUAUGUGGGUUUUCCUUUCGCGCAGUGUAGGUCAAAAGAAUGCAUGCAGGCUUCUUAAUGAAUCUUGUCUAAACAUGUUGUGCUGGCCGUGACGCCUUUUUUUCCUUGUAACAAGGAUUUAUUAGUGAAUUCUCCCAAGUACUCCAUAUAUCUGUCUGUGGUUGUAUGAAAUGAAAAAGGGGGCAGGGUGCAAAGACCCACACUCACGCACACGAGCCUCUUCCCCCACCCCCACCCCUUCAAACUUCAUUCCAAACCUUCCUCAGCUGUUCUAGGGGCCCCUUUGCAAACGCAGGGGCUUCCUUUAGUAGCUCGCCCCACCCCCCUUGCUCAGUUAUUCUGCAUGCGGGGUCGGCUCUCUCUAUUAUCAGCUUUGAAAACUUGUCGUGGUUUGGGGAGGCGUGCCAAUUUUAUUUUCCUGAACAUUUGCUUGAAAUAUUUUGUUAGGGCCUUAAAGACAAUACCUGUCUUUAUUUUUUAUAUAUUCUUGAUAACUAUGAUAUAUUUAUUAAUAACCAGUGUUUCUGGAUGAGAUUUCAAAUAAAAAACAAACUUUAAA